AUUCCAAAAUGACGAAGCUGUUUAUUCACCUGGACAUUUAUUAGUUUUACUAUAUGACUGCAGGGUCAUUUAUUGUACUGUAUUUACGUCAAGCAAAGACAGUUAAACGUGACAAGUGUGAUGAAACAGCGUCUCUGUGUGGCAAAAGUCAAUUACUGCAUGAUUCUUCUGGAAUUUUUGUAAUCAUUUUCUGAGGAGCACCUGAAGGCAACUGCGCUAUUAGUUUAUUUAGCAUUCCAAAAUGACGGAUCCGACAACGUCUCCAGAGGACCACUGGAAAACAGACGGGGCUUUCAGCGACAAUGGCUUUGACACCAGUUUCUUUGCUGAGACCGCCAGAAAAGGUAGCAUUGUGUCGAGAGCAAACAGUAUUGGCUCUACAAGUGCCUCUUCAGUGCCAAAUACAGAUGAUGAGGACAGUGACUACAGACAUGAGACGUCAUAUAAGAACUCGUAUAAAGAUCGACGGAGACAAGCACACACACAAGCUGAGCAGAAGCGCAGAGAUGCAAUCAAGAAAGGCUAUGAUGACCUUCAGGGAAUUGUUCCAACCUGCCAACAGCAGUCCGAGUUUGCCGUCGGAGCGCAGAAGAUCAGCAAGGCUACUAUUCUUCAGAAAACAAUUGACUACAUCCAUUUUCUUCAUAAAGAAAAGAAAAAGCAGGAAGAGGAAGUUUCUGUCCUAAGGAAAGAAGUGAUGGCCCUCAAGAUCAUGAAAACGAACUAUGAGCACAUAGUGAAGGCCCACCAGAACCACCCACAGGAGGGAGAGGAUCAGGUGUCUGACCAGGUCAAGUUCAGCAUCUUUCAGAACAUCAUGGACUCCCUGUUCGUGUCUUUCAGUAAUUCUGUUGCAAUGAGCAGCUUCCAAGAAUUGUCUGCAUGUGUUUUUAGCUGGAUUGAGGAGCACUGCAAGCCACAGACACUGCGAGAGUUUGUUGUUGGAGUGCUUCGGCAGCUCAAUGGUCAGCUUUACUAGUUGAGGAGAAACCGCUGACUAUCUUUCAGAAAUUGACUUUUAACUUGCUCUGGCCUCCGAGGAUGGAAUUAAAACUUCAAUCAGCUCCACACCACGCCACAGUCCUUACCCCUAGUCCACACUGACUGUGUUCCGUGUCCGCUACGUCAUUCCUUCGCAAAUUGUGCCGUGCGGCAAUUCACACUGGAUGCGUUUUAGGAUCCAUUCAUGCAUCCCCAUUGAAAUUCACACAUUUGUGCUCCGUCAUCCGUCAAAAAUAGACUCGAUCCGUAUCUCUGACAGACGAUGGAGGAGUGCUCUCCGUCAUGCCGCAGCUCCACGGAGCCAGUGUAAAUUACCCCAUUGACUAGAAUGGCUUUCAUUUAUGGUGGGGUCAGUGUGAACUAGGGGUUGCACUCACUUCAGCUCAUCAGCCUGCAGUUCGAUCACCUCAUCAAACACUACAGCGAGAGAUGAACAGCUGCCUUCGGUCGCCUUCUGACCUCUUCACUGAUGGGAAUUUAGCUCUGUGUAGAGUACUUUCACUCCAUCUGAGUGUUCUUGCAAAGACCGUUGAGGAAACAAUCAUUUAAGCGAAAUGCGUCUUGCAGAGAAUAUCUAGUUGUAAUUACUUCAUGCAGUAACUAUUCUUUCUUUAACACCUCGCGAGAGCCACCCAGGAAAUGGAAAAGAUGAAUAAAAAGUUUCCAACAAAAUGAUCUGUAAAACAAAAGGGGGGGCAGAAGCAGUGGCCUAUCCAGUCCUUACCCAAGUUUGCCUACUAUUUCUUUAUCGAAAUGUUAACCAAUACUCUAAUAUCAACUACAGUUACCGGUUCCACACAGCUUUUUAAAGAUUAAGUAAACUGAUGGUGUUGUUUCUGUUGCAUUUCUGAAUGAAUACAAACACCAAAGCCUUUCUUCUGUCAUUAAUAGUAACCAUGUACCUUCAUUCUAAACACAAGAGCUUUUCUUGCUUCCGUACACAAACAUCAAGUUCCUCCUGAAAUGAGUUCAGAUCAUUAUGAAUAUUUCUUGAGUUAUCACUGCAGGAUUACAAACACCUCUACAGGUUUUAAUCAGUAGGUGCCUCCGAAUUCAUCUGUUUGCUUUAAAUCAAGUCUUUACUGUGACAGAGCUUCGUGUUUAAACAAACUGUUGCGGACAAAGCAGAAAACCAUGUAAAUGAAACCAUUGCACCACCACAGCUCAGUGAAAGAAUGAGUUUAAAUCGUUUAUUCACAGGAUGAUGCUAAACAUAUAGUGUUGACUUUGAUAUGCCUUUUAUUAACAUCACUAGAAUGAGUUGUAAUGCCGAUAUUUGGAAAUGUUCAGUUUUGCUGUGAGAUCGCUUUAUUGGCACUACAGAUUUUUUUUACCAUUCGUCACUGCUACUAUAAAUCUUACUCUAAAAUGCAUUUGUCUGCUGUUGAAACAUUUCUGUACUCAAAUGAAAUCAUGACUCAUAAAUGAUAAAUUUAAUCAAGUUUAAAAACAUUCAAACUUGUUUUAAUGUGUUUUUUUGGUUUUGUUCCUUUCAGUAACUUUUAAAAAGUUCAAAACUCACUGGCAGCUUUAUUAGAUACACUAAUAAAGUCUAAUGCAAUAAAUCCAUAAAUAAUUCGCUAUGUAGACAUGGUUAAAAUCACUCUUCAGAAUUUAAUGAGUUGAAUUUAUUUUAUUUUCAUUUACAGAAAAAAAAACCGUGCAAGUUGGAAGGAGAAAAUAAAAACUCGUUAAGUUGUGGAGUUAACUUUAAUCUUUGAAAAAAGAAACUUGUCAAGCAUUAGUCAACUAUCAAAGAUACUAUUAUGAACACUAAAUUACCUGGCAAUAUUGAAUAAAAAUCUAUAUUUAAAUUGGAAAAAAUGAAGCAGUUCAUAACAACCUAAAUAUGUACAAGAGGUCUUAAUAUUUAUUUGUUGACAUAUUUACUGUGAACUCAGGUAUGCUUCUAUGGCUUUAAAAUGAAAACGCUGCAUCUGACAUGACGGGUAUCCCUCUGGGAUGCCUGAACAUUUGUGAUUUUAUGUUUAGCUGAUAUGCUUUUAGCUCUGUUUUCCAUUUCAACAAUUGUUAAACUCUUAUUUAUUCAAAGAACGUGUUAUAAAUAAAGUUUUCUCUGUGGCUCA